AACUUUCACGAUGACACUGUCGCAGAAUCUGGUGCUAAAAACCAACUGACGGAAAACCAUUUUAGGUUCUGUGUUGGAGGAUGCUGUGAAUGUUCUGGGGAGAAGGUACAAAUCCCACCCAAGCAGCUGAGUUGGAUCUGGACAGUUGGUGCAGGAGCCAGUGACUAACGUGCGAUGUCUCAUCCAAGUGCUCCCCCUACUUAUGAAGAAUCAAUCAACCCAUUGUACCCACCCUCGGGUGAGCCUGGACCUUACCCAGCCUACCCGCCAGGGGGGAAUGCCCCUUACCCCCCUGGGGGAAAUGCCCCUUAUCCACCUGGGGGAAAUGCCCCUUAUCCACCUGGGGGAAACUCCGUCUUCCCACCGAUGUUCCCUCAUUCAGGAAAUCCGAUGGGACCGCCAGUGAUGCCAACAAUCCCACUGAACCCUACCUGGCCCGGAGGGAAUUCGGGGACCUAUGGUAGCUCAGAACCAGAACCAGAACCAGAACUUGGCAACCAAGGAUUCGCUGCCAAUUCCUGGGAUGAUCGGAAAGUUCGUCACACAUUCAUCCGAAAGGUUUACAUGAUCCUUACAGUUCAGUUGUUGGUCACCUUUGGGAUUGUCGCCAUCUUCACAUUCAGUGCUCCAGUGCAGCAAUUUGUACGCAGGAACUCCGCAGUUUACUGGGCAGCUUAUGGAGUGUUCAUCGUGAUAUAUUUUGUCCUGAUCUGUUGUGAAGGACCCAGGAGGAAAUUUCCAUGGAAUAUGAUCCUAUUGGCUAUUUUUACCUUGGCUAUGUCAUAUUUGACUGGAACAAUUGCAAGUUACUACAGCACCAAAUCUGUGUUUCUCUGCCUGGGGAUCACCGCCCUGGUGUGUCUUGGGGUCACCAUCUUCUGCUUCCAGACUAAGGUGGAUUUCACCUCAUGUGGUGGCCUGUUCUGUGUUCUGGGAAUUGGUCUCUUCGUUGCUGGGAUUGUAGUUACAAUUGUCCUGUCCUUCAAAUAUAUUCCAUGGCUUCACAUGCUGUAUUCUGCAAUCGCAGCCAUUGUUUUCACUCUGUUUUUGGCAUUUGACACCCAGCUGAUCCUGGGAAACAGGAAACAUUCCAUCAGCCCGGAGGAAUAUGUUUAUGGUGCGCUCCGUCUCUACGUCGACAUUGUCCAAAUCUUCAUCCACCUUCUUCAGCUGUUUGGAUCCAGAUGAAGACACAAGGUGCAAUCCUAUUACAGGCACAACUCUUCAGCUUCCCUCCUCCUGUCCUUUCUUUGUACAAAAUAACCUCAUGCUUGUAGAAUGUAGGAAAGACAUUACCUUCAGUGUAAUUGGAAUCAUCAGUCACGGACUCCCCCGAUCAUCCACCCCAUACCAGCCUGGUCUUGGAAAGAAACCAAUUCUAAAAUAGAACCAAAACCACUGGACAAACUGAACAGGUCUGACAGCUCUCUCUGGAGAGAGUGACAGAGUGAAUGUUUCUGGUUAAUGAGAUUUGAUGAGAACUGGAAAGAUGCUUUAUGCAAGUCCAAGCCAUAGGAAUAGUGAAGAAAAUUAGAUUCCCUACAAUGUGGAAAGAGGCCCAUUUAGCCCAAUCAGUCCACACUGACUCUCCGAAGAGUAACCCACCCAGACCCAUUUCCCUCUGACUAAUGCACCUAACACUAUGGACAACUGAGCAAGGCUAAUUCACCUAACCACAACUUGGGACUGUGGGAGAAAACCCAUGCAGACACGGGGAGAGUGCACAAACUCCACAGACUGUCACCCGAGGGUGGAAUCGAACCUGGGACCCUGGCGCUGUGAGGCAGCAGUGCUAACCGUGCCGCCCCUAAAAGAGGGUUUGGGAUAAAGCUGAAAAGUAAUUGAUCAGAAACGUUAACUCUGUGACUUUCUGUGCACGUGCUGCCUGACCUGCUGAUUACUUCCUGCAGUUUCUGUUCAUUCUGUUCAGGCUGAAGCAUUCCGCACGGUGAUACUUUAGGAUCAGGGUCUCAAAGCCGUAGCCUUCCAGCCAGCAGUGAUCCCAAUUGGCUUUAAAGAUUUGGAAUGCCUGCACUGGGCAUCUCAAAACACUUGAGAGGUCCCACCAGUGUCACCUUUACAAGAUCCUCCAAAUCCAAGGGCAGAAAAGGGAGUCUGACAGCAAUAUCCUCUCCCAUCAUUGGAGGGACAGUCUAUUAAAACCUGAGCUCCACUGGGCAGUAUAUGUCAUUCGUGAGCCUGAUCUGGAUUCCCAAUGAGACUGCUCGACUCGGACUUCCAAGAGGAUGAUAGGAAACACUUUGUGGACAUCCUCAAAGCCUCCCUGGAGAGGUCACCCACCCCGAUGACUCAUGGAGACCCGAGCCAUGAACGAUCAAAAUGGAGAAAGUUCACUUGGGAAGACCGCUGGGACAUCGAGAGACUGGCAAAGGAGAUUGGCAAAAAAAAACACAGAGGAGGUACUGAGGAGAAGAGUUUGUGCUUCCCCGAGUGAGUUGUAAAUUGCUUGGAAGGGCGAUUGAAGCGAAGGCAACAGGAACUUUCAAAAAUGGGAGUUGGAGAAAUGGUUGACGGGGGAGUUUUGGUAUAGAGCGAGUGGGGGAAAUCGGCACGAAGCUGAUCUCUCUACCAAAGAGGAGAAAGUGAGGUCUGCAGAUGCUGCAGAUCAGAGCUGAAAAUGUGUUGCUGGAAAAGCGCAGCAGGUCAGGCAGCAUCCAUUGCAAUCAAGAGAAUUCAAGGGGAAGGGGCUUUUGGACUGGAUCAUUCUUGGAUUGCUAUUCUGAGUCUGACUUAAAAGAGCCUGUGGGUAGGAUGGGUCCAGGUGUUGGUUCAAGCACGAUCUGGCCUCAUUGUGAUGCCCAUUGUGGUCAAAUAGUCAGCUAAUCCUCAUCACCUGGAAUCGUAUGUGAGACAGUAGCACAUGGAGAGGUAUGGGCAGGUCAAUGGAAUGGCACCCUGGGGCAGGGUAAUUAUUCAGCCUUUCCUGAAGAAGGGCUUAUGCCCGAAACGUCGAAUCUCCUGCUCCUUGGAUGCUGCCUGACCUGCUACGCUUUUCCAGCAACACAUUUUCAGCUCUCUACUCAAAGAGCCAGUAUAGGAGUGAUGGGUUGAAUGGCCAGCCUGUGCAGUAAGAGAUAUUGAUUGUUUUGUUAUUCUGUGACUGUUUUGCUGAUUUGACUUUCAGCUGUACAACGCUGUCUAUGUUUACCAUAAAACUGAGAGUGUUUCACUCACUAUGGUUUAAAUUGUUUGCGUCUGAACAUGAGAAGACAGUCACAUGAUCAUGUCAGCCAGAAGCUUUGUUUCAUUUUUCUGAAUGGUGCAGAUUAACUCUACAUCGGUACUUAGACAAUAAAUGCUGGCCAAAGCAGCUCUGACCACAUUCCAGCAAUGCUUUACAAAGACCAGGAGGAGGCCAUUCAGCCCCUCACGCCUGUUACACAGAACCGGAGGAGGCCAUUCAGCCCCUCACACCUGUUACACAGAACUGGAGGCAGCCAUUCAGCCCCUCAAGUCUGUUACAGAGAACUGGAGGCAGCCAUUCAGCCCCUCAAGCCUGUUACAUAGAACUAGAAGAGGCCAUUCAGCCCCUCAAACCUGUUACACAGAACUGCAGAAGGCCAUUCAGCCCCUCAAGCCUGUUACACAGAACUAGAAGAGGCCAUUCAGCCCCUCAAGCCUGUUACACAGAACUGGAGUUAACUUGAGGAGGCAAUGGUGCCAUGGUAAUCACUAGAAUACUUAAUCCAGAGAACCAGGAAAUAUUCUCCAGACUUGUUUUUGAAUCCCACUGCAGCAAAUGGUGGAAUCUAAGGAUGACCAUUAAACCAUUGUCAAAUUUCAGGAAACCACCUGGUUCACCGAUGUUUGAUAAGAAAAGAAACUGUCAUCCUCACCUGGUCUGGUCUACAUGUGACUCCAGACCCACAGCAAUAUGUUUGACUCUUAAAUGCCCUCUUAGAGAUGGGCAAUAAAUGAUAGUGGAUUCAGUAGUACCCCCAUCCUGUGAAUGAAUAAAAACAUUUAGCCCCUCAAGUCUGUUACACAGGAACAGGAGGUGGUUUGGCUCCUCAGGACUGUUACAUUUGAAAUAAGAGACCAUUCAGCUCUUUGAGUUUGUUAUAUAGGAACUAGAGACCUUUCAGCCCCCCAAGCUAUUCUGCCAUUUGGCAGAUCAUGGCGAAGUAUUCCAUUUACCCAACUCUAUCUACUAUUCCUUGAUUUACCUAUCAAUAAAAAUUGAUCAAUUUCAGUGUAGAAAUUUUCAGUUGAUCUUCAAACCCCUCAAAAUUCCACUUUUGAGUUUUAAAUUUCCACUCUCCUUUGUGUGAGUAUGUGAUUCUUGGUAUCGCUCCCGAGUGCCUCAGCUUGACACGAAGAUGUAGUUUCCGACCAAGGAAACACAUCUCCUGCGCUGAAUUUUACAAAUCUCAUCAGUCACUUUGAAUAUCUCAAUCAGAUUGCAUCUCAAUCUUCCAAACUGACAAAAUUGCUCUGCAUUAUUGUGUAAACAUUAUAAUGAAUUAUUGCUGCUUUACAAUUUUAUUUACCUGCUGAAUGUUUACAACGUUUGUUUCAGUUG